ACUGCGGAGCGUUCGAUGCUGUGCAACAUCCACCAGCGGCGUGCACGUACAAAUGGAGUUUGCCACUUGACAGAGAGUGUGAUGGGGCCGGAAAAGCAUGGGGCUACGAGUGGGAUCAUGCUCAAUCGCUGGCAAAGAGCUGAUUUAAGUUGAGUCAUGGUUGAAGAACCAGCAGCAGAAAUGCAGCUACUGAGGAGCCUGAAGGCCAAGCUCAUUGACAUUCUGAGCAGCGACGCCGACUUUGUGCUGCAGCAUGCACACUCCCGCGGCCUGCUGUCUGAACCUGGCUACCAGCGGGUGAAAGCGUGCCGUGUACCGGGUGAGAAGGUGACGGACCUGCUGGAUCACAUCCUCCAGAGAGGGCCUGAAGCAGCACGGGGACUCCUGGAGCUACUGAAGGACCAGGACCUGCAGGAAACCUUCCCACUGCUCUGUUUUGCUAAGGAUCUGCGAGUCACUACAGUGCCAUCAGAAGCAACAAGGAAGAAAAGGCAAUCACCUGAAACAGAGGAGAUCAUUCCAGUCAAAAGGAUCUGCAGCAAACGCUCUCGCUUGGUGACAGAGAAGCAGCUGAUGACCGUGGCCCGUGCCAUCGGCAGAUCUUGGCGAGAGAUCGGCAGACUGGCUCUGGACAUCCCCUCUGUGAAGCUGGAGCAGAUUGAGGAGGACAAAUCCCAGCACGUGGAGCGAGUGUUCGCCAUGCUGGGGCACUGGCGCACCUGCCAGCGGGAAGAAGCCACCGCGGCUCGCCUGCACUCCCUGCUCAGUCAGGAGGACUGGGCCCUGCCACCGGAGAGAAUCGAAUUUCUGCUGGAGACUGUCUGAUACCUUCACUGUCUGUGUGCAACCUGCUGAGACUGAAACACUUUCAAAGUGGAAGGUUUUUGCUGGAAAAUCUGUUUUAUUAUUCAGCAAAUAGACAGUUGGUUCCAUAUUAGUUACCAUACAACACCUUUUUUAUGCAGUGAAUUUCCCAACAUUUAAAUGGAUCAUUUACUUUUAAUGACAUUUCAGUUUGAUAUGAAAUGUUCCUUUUCUUUUCUGAAAUGUGUUUUAAAAGGUGUGUUUUUAAUGCCUGCAGCAGGGAUUUUCAUUCUCCUUUCAGUCAAUGAAAUACAAAAAAAAGCACUGAGCAUGGAUCAAUUAAUUCUAUUGUAUACAGGCUAUCUCAGCUCAUUACAUUUACAUUUUUACAUUUUUCAUUAAGCUGACGCUUUUAUCCAAAGCGACUUACAAUAAGUGCAUUCAACCAUGAGGGUACAAACCCAGAACAACAAGAAUCAAGAGAGUAACAUUUCUUCCAAAAAAGGCAAAACUGCCAAGUGCUAUAAGAUCUCAUCAUUUGAUAAACAUUCUACAUGGAUCUGAA